AUGACACCAAAAAAGAAAUCAAAAACUAAUACAAAACAACAAUCAUCAUUUUUGUUGCAGCCUUUUUUAAAACCCGUCGAUCCUCACAUACAUUCUGAUAAGGAAAAUCCCGUUUUAAAAGCUCUUUUCGGUGGUAAAAGUCCUUCCGGUUUAACUGCCUGGACGUACGUAACGAAAACAUCAAUCAACAAUUGUCAUCCGUUUAAAAAAACAGAAUUAAGUCACGAUUUAACUUCUGACGAUACACCAGCUGAAACACCUAAAAGCCUUCAAAAAAAAACAUCUCAAACGAGGAAAAAAUCAUCGAAAGAAAAUAAUAAUAAUAUUAAUAUUAAUAAUAACACACCGGAUACUAAUAACAAUGGAAAAUCAAAACCGACACAAAAUAAUGAAAUACUAAAAGAAAUACCCCUUAAUUCGAAUCCAUCUAAUGGAAAUGAAACUAAUGGAAAAUCGAACACUAAUGAAAAUGACGUUAAUGUAACUUCGAGUACCAUAAGAGAACCGGAUAAAAAAAGAAGGAUUUCUUCGCAAUUAACAUUUCCCAUUUCGAAAGCUCGUACUAUAUUUGUUAAUAGUGAAAGAUUAUUAGAAUUGAGAUCAAUAGUCGACAAUGCCGUUAAGGCACAUAAAGUUUAUUCCAUGACUGGAGCAUAUCAAUCAGUGAGAAACGCAUUAAGACAAAGAGGAUGGAUUGAAAAAAUCGAUAGCGAAGCAAAAAAACAAAAUAGGCCGAAUAAAUUUGAAGAAAUUGGAAUAUCUAUGCAAACCCAUACGGGUUUCACUCACAAUGAUCAGAUUCAUUAUUCAGUUCAAGGGGAAGCUGAAAUUAUAAAUAGAAUGCUGAAAAAUGUCACGGAAGAUCUUUGCUGGCUUAGCAGGCCGUUUCCAUUUAAUUGCUACAAAGAUUUCGAUAAAUACGACAUGAUAAACCGUCUUCCAAAAGCAUAUUUUUCAAAUAAGAUCGGAUUAUGUAAUUCAUUACAACAAAUUCAAUGGUUUUACGAAGCCGGUGUUUGUUCGACACAAUUUCCAAGAACUUAUAACACAUCGACAAAAGAUGAACUUCAAGCUUUCAAAGAUGAUUUUCGAUUAACGGCAUGUAUCGGUUUAUUAAAAUGGUUUAAUGAAACUUAUAGGAACGGUGGUGAAAAAGCGGUUCGUUCUCUCGAUGGAAAGGUGGAUUUAAAUGUUAUCGAAUUUGCAUUGAGACGAUGUGCAGAAUAUGUUAAAAUAAAACAACACGAAGACAUUGACAUACCUGAAUUACCAACCGUUUGGGAAUACCAAUGGGAUAAUUUUAUAGCUCAGUAUUACAGAAUCGCAAACGAAGGACAAAUUCUUAAAGAUAAUAGAGAAGGAAUUCCAAUUAAGGCGAUUGCGAGCAACGUUCAAUCCAUGCUUUACAUAAUCAAACCUUAUUGGCCUCAAUACGAUAUCGACGGUUAUCAAAAUUAUUGGAUAGUUAAACCUGGUGGUAGAUGUUGCGGUGCUGGUAUAACAAUUAAAAAUCGUUUAGAUAAUAUUUUGGUUACGUUAAAUCCGGGAUCUUUUAAAGAUACUCGUUACGUCGUACAAAAAUACAUAGAACGUCCGCUUUUAAUUUUCAAUACAAAAUUUGAUAUAAGGCAAUGGUUUUUGGUAACCAACGUAUAUCCCCUCACAGUUUGGAUGUACAGAGAAAGUUAUUUAAGAUUUUGUUCGCAACCUUUUACGUUAAAAAACACUCCCGAAUCAAUUCAUUUGUGUAAUAACGCUGUUCAGAAAAAAUAUAAGAAUGGAAAACGUGAUAGAGGACUUCCUGAUGAAAAUAUGUGGGAUUGUUAUACAUUUCAAACACAUUUAAAAGCGAUUGGUUAUCCGGAUGUUUGGGAAAAAUAUAUAUAUCCAGGUAUGAAAGAAAGUUUUAUAGGAGCUUUAUUGACAUCUCAAGAGAGUAUGGAAAGGAGAAAAAAUUGUUUCGAAUUGUAUGGAGCUGAUUUUAUGAUAUCCGAUACGAUAACCGAUGGUCCUUGGCUAAUAGAAAUCAAUUCGAAUCCUGCCAUGGAUUCAAGUACGAGUGUUACCGCACGUAUGUGCCCUCAAGUUUUGGAAGAUGUUGUAAAAGUUGUUAUUGAUAGAAGAGAUAAUAAAAGUGCGUCGACGGGUGGUUUCGAAAUGGUAUUUAGACAAAAUUGUCCUCCCAUACCUCCUUACCUUGGUAUGAGUUUCUGCGUGAAGGGAAAAAAAGCGUUUAAACCAAAUGGAGAUGUACGACUCAUCACAAGAAAAAGUAAGAGUAAAAAUUCUAUUAAAAUUUUACUCUCAACAGAUACAGAGGAGGAAUCUACGAGCGACAACAAUUCUCCUUCGGGAAAAAUCGAAUUGGAAAGAAAAUUCAACAUGGAUUCAUCGAUAGAAAAUAAAAAAUUACAACAAAUAAAUAAAAAUUCAAGUCAAACGGAUUGGAUAAAAAGAAAUAUAAAUGAAAUAAAAGAUGUUUCCUCCAAUAAGAGAUUAGUAAAAAAAGAUUUAUGUCAAUUAAUAACGGAUGAUGAUAAAAAAAUAAACGAUUCUUCCGAUACUAAUAAUAAUAAUAAUAAUUCGAAAGAAAAAAAAUUAGAAAAUAAUUCGGAUGAAAAUAAAGAAAAUCAUCUUGUCGUUGACGGUUUUGAAAUAUUAAAAAAAAACAAUUCGAAUUUGAUUCCUGAGGCUAACGAUUUACCACCACCCACGACUCCAAAUUUAACGGAAUUAUUAAUUAAUUAUAAAAAAGAUUUAAUUCCGGUAAAAAGUCCGAAUUCGUUAAAUUCAAAAGAUUCCGUUUAUCAAUCAUUAACGACUUUAUCAUCAUUAUCGUCUGCUCGAAACAAUUCGGAUGUAGUUAAAUCAUAUUCUUUAGAUAAAUUUUUUGACGUUUCCGGUAGUAAAAGAGGAUCGAUAUCGACAAAAAGCGAAUUUUCCUUUAAAAGUUGUCAAUCUCAUUUGGUUAAAAAUCACGAUGAUGAUAAUAAUGAUAAAAACCGUACGAUAAGAACAAAUGAUUUUUUAUUUAAUUUAAAAAAAGAUAUAAAAGAUGUUAAAUUAAAUUGUGCGAGCGUCAUAUGCGAUUUACAAGUUUUCCAGGGGGAAAAUUCAAAAUCAAAAUCAAAAGAAAAUCUAAAUAAAAGUUUAACGGAAAUAAAUAAAAAUUUAUGUAUAAAAAAUUCCGAGAAAAAAUUUAAAAAAAAAUUCGAUGAUUUUAUUCAAUUCAAUCGUAAAAAUAAUAAUAAUAAUAAUAAUAAUAAUAAUGAAAAAAUUUUGAAUCUUGCAAUUAAUUCUGAUACCGGAGCUGUUAAAAGCAUAAAAGACAUUUCGAAAAAAAUGGCGAACGAAGGAGAUGAAGAAGAAGAAAAAGAAGAAAAAGAAGAAGAAAAAGAUGAGGAAGAAAAUGAAGAAGAAUAA